GAAAACACCAACUGCAAGCUGCACCCAGAUACCUCGCUCCAGUGGCUUCGCUCUCUCUGGGGCGGUGAAUGUGGCUCAAACUCACGGCCUCGUUUGCAGGGUCUGCGAGUUCCAGGUGGGCAAGCUCUGCUUCCGCUCCCGCAGCCCCUGCAAGGCGCAGGGGCAGCAAGUCUGUGAGACCACCAAGGCCUACAUUGGCAAGGUCCCGCUUUUCUCCAAGUACGGCUGCAGCCGGACCCGCGAGACCUGCAACAUGACGGAGCAGAAGGACACCGUCUUCGAGGUCAGCUACAAUCGGACCUGCUGCGAGACAGACCUGUGCAAUGCUGCUGGCCCCGCCCAGGCAGCCGGGCUUCCCCUGCUCUCUGGGCUGGGAGCCCUGCUGGGGUGGUGGUUGCUGAAAUAACCCCCGGCUCUCCUCUUCCCGGCCCUAGCCUCCACACCCUCUCUGCUACACGCUUUUCCCUCCUGGGUCCUCCUUGCCACACGCUUAAUUAGCAGGCUCCACUCCACCCCCUCAAGUCACCUUUUCCUCUGGUCUUCUUCCACCAAGCCUAUUGCCUUCUCCCUGGUCUUCUCUAUCCCACAUGUAGCUGCCUCCUUUCCUUUCCCAUGUCCUCUGUAGGUCUGCCACAGCCUAGGAAGGGGACCAGGGAAAGCCAGCUACUACAGGCAGGAUAGGGGGGUACCUCAGCCCCCCUGAAUCUGCCACCUGCCUUCUGAAGGGUUUUGAUGCGCGCACACACACACUCUGAGAAUCUAAUCUCAUCUUCUGGCCUGUGUCUCGAAGGGGUGAAGUGAUGACCGACCCUGAGCUAAAGCAGAGACACUGUCUAUUUUAGACACAACACUGGAGGGGGGGGGGGUCGUUCUCCCUAGAAGCUUCUGCAAACCCUAGCUCAGGACAGGUCUGAAUACCUCAUGGGCAGAAGACCAUCCUCGGCUUUUCCACAGAGGCUGGCGGGACAAAACCCUGUGGUCCUAUGGUUGAGUUGGAGGCAGCUGUACCCCUCCCCCCCAAUCUCUCUUGCUCGCCCACAGUUCUCCUGAAGCCAUGUCCCCCAAGCUGAGAAGCAUAGGCAGCUCCUUACCCCCACUGGAGAACAAAGGUCCCAGAUCUUUGUCCCAGACAUUAGACAGUGGGUUGGUUUGGGGUCUUCUGUGGUAUCUCAAGACCUGUGGGAAGCUGAUGGAUAAUUGAGUCCUUUAGGCCUGAGCAGAGGGUGAAAUUGUGGAGCCGAGCAGUUCCACACCACUUGUUCCCAUGGGGAACAGACGCUCUAAAUCUCCAGCGGAGACCAGGUGGCCUUUGCAUAAUCACUUGUGAGCCCUCCCAGGGCAUGCCGGUGAGAUGACACAGCUGGAGAAGGAUAAAGGCUGGCUACAGAGGCAUAAACCCACCGGGUCCUUUCUGGUGUGUCCAUUAUAACUCUGCAUGUCUCCAUGACCGAACCAGCUGUUCAGAAAGUGUCGCUUCCCUUGAGAGGUCUGGGUGUUUUUUUAAUACUUUGUAUGUACAGUGAAUGGAUUAAUUAAUUAAAAAAAAAAGUGGC